AAAAACAAGGAACCGAGAGCCAUGGACAUUAGAUGACUUGCUCAAGGUCAUCAAAUUUUGGGGCACAGCAAUGCUAUAACUCAAAGGUUUCGCCUGAGUGCCUGGUUGUUGGCCCCCCUCUCUAUCAAACAGGAGAGUUGUGGAACGGAAGACCAAGGGGAGAGUGAGGGUCAGAGGCCUGGGGGAAAGGGCCACUAAAACCUGAAUAAUCAAGGGAAAAAAAAAAGGAGUCGUCUGGGGUGAAGGGUGGGAGAGGACCCCACCAUCCAGUCCUUUGGUUUUUCUAGCCUGGGGUAGGGGGUCGUAUCACCAGAAAGAAUGUGGGAGCGAAAAAGAAGAGCAUUAACUUCAGGUGGGCAAACACUCUGGUUUUAGAAAAGCACGAGAUGUACUCUCCUGGGGAAAGGGAAGACUCUAGCAGAGAAGAAACUACAUGUCCCAGAAUCCUUUGGGUCGACAGAAUUUAACUGACAUCAUCACCACCCAAUACAAUGGUCAAGAGGCUGCACUUCCUAUUUCUGUUACUCCUCUUCCUCGAGACAUGUCUUGGAAAAACCUCGGGGAAAUGUCAAUAAAAGAGCAGGAGCAAGGGCCCCAGGGAGCUGAGGCCAAGAUCCCUAGCCAGGUCUCCCUUGGAGGCCUAGGCAAAUCUCGAUGUCCAAUGUGCAUGGAACUCUUCAAAGUCCCCAGGAUCUUACCCUGCUUGCACACGUUUUGCACAGCCUGCCUAGAAGAGCUGGAGCCCUUCUCUGUACUGAUGUUGCGAACACCAGACUCAGAAAAGACCUCGGAGAGGCCAUGGCUCUGGGAUAAGCAGCCCCAGCACCUGGAGCCCCAGCUUAGCAUCCUCUGCCCAGUCUGUGAUACAGAGGUUGAUCUGCCUCCUGGAGGAGUGAAGGCCUUAACCAUAGACCAUCUGGCAAUAAAUAAGGUGCUGCUGCAAAAUCUGCAAGAGGACAGGCCGUGCCUGGUGUGUGAUCUGUGCAGUGACAGGGAAGUGGAUAGUCGAUGUCUCACCUGCAGGGUGAAUCUCUGCCAGUUCUGCAGCCAGGCCCAUAGGCGGCAAAAAAAAACUGCUUUUCAUUCUAUCAUGCCCUUGAAAGACUUGAAAGGAUACAACCAGAUUGGGAAGGCAAUUGUGUGUUCCAUCCAUCCUCCUGAGGAGCUGAACCUCUUCUGUGAGCAAUGUGACCAGCCAGUGUGCAGGGACUGUGUGUUAGGUGAUCAUCGGGAGCAUACCUACGACUUGGUCAGCAAUGUUAUCUACAAGCAUGGGAACUCCAUUCGGGAUCUCCUCAAGAGUACCCAGCCACAUAUGGGGACCUUGGAGAGAGCUCUGAUCCAGAUCGAGGGUGUGGGCAAUGCUCUCCGGAGCCGCAUGGACGCCCUGUCUUCUGAUGUCCGAGAGUUUUGUGAUGGCUACAUUAUGGCGAUCAGAGAACACCGGGACCAAUUGCUGAAGCAACUGGAAGAUGUCCGGAUCCAGAAGGAGAACUCUCUACACCUCCAGAAACUUCAGGUGGAGCAGUUGCUGGCAGACCUUCGGACAGGAGUCGAGUUCACAGAACACUUGCUGAAUAAUGGCACUGACCUGGAGAUCCUUGUCACCAAGAAAGUGGUGGUGAACAGGCUGAAGAAGCUCAAGAAAACUGACUAUAGCAUUGGCCCUGGGUUGGAUGACGGCAUCUGCUUCUCUCCCCAAGAGAAGGCAGGCCAGUAUGGUGGCUAUGAAGUUUUUGGGGCCAUUCUCACCAAAGGGGUUGAUCCCUCCAAGUGCAUUCUCCAAGGGGAAGACAUCCAGAAAGUUUGUGAAAAGCAGAAAGUCACUUUAACCCUGCUCUGCAGAGAUAUAUUGGGGGAGCACAUGGGCAGAGGUGGAGAGCACAUCCGAGUGAACGUCAUCCAUAAAAAUAAGGACUGUGUUCUUAAGACGAUGGUUCAGGAUAACAACAAUGGGACUUACACUAUUUCCUUUAGCCCCGAGGAACUUGGCCUCUACACUGUGUGCAUCUUUGUCAAAGGGCAACAUAUCCAGGGCUCACCAUACACAAUGACUGUGAGGAGAAGGUUCCGCCAGCACCAGGGAGUCUUUCAUUGCUGUUCAUUCUGUUCCAGUGGAGGCCAGAAGAAUGCCAGAUGUGCCUGCGGAGGGACCAUGGCAGGUGGGUAUCAAGGUUGUGGACAUGGACACAAAGGUCACCCAGGCCGUCGUCAUUGGUCAUGCUGUGGAGGGACAGAGGAGAAUUCUGAAUGCUUAGGGGAGAUUCCCCAGAGGAGUCUGGUCAGGACGGUGGCACUCUAAAAAGGCCCAGUUUGCAUGAAUGUCAGUUACCAAGAAGACCUCAGGCCUUGUGGAAGAGCUGUUGAUUAAUUCUGAAGAAACCACUAAAAUAAAUGUGCCUUUUCUUACCAUCUA